AAAUUUUAAAAAUUCUCAUUUCGAAUUCUAGUGUAAUUAAUUUGGAAUUAUAUAAUGUAAAUAAAUAUAAUAUAAACAAAAACAAAGAUUUAGAUUUAGAAAUUUUAUAAUCGCGAAUAAUUAAAUUUAAAUUUAUAAGUGUCAAAAGAAUCACUAACUCAAUAUCGUGAUGUGACACUUUGCAAACGAUAAACCAAAAGCGUCAGAUCGCAUCACAUCAAUGACGUGAAGUUAUUGUGAGUAUUUUAUUGUGAAAAUGGCUGACACCGAACUUAUUCUGAAAAUAAUAAAUGCUGUAAAGCAACAUGAUUGUUUAUGGAAUGUGCACUCUUCAGAAUAUGCUAAGCGAGACAAAUUAGAAAAAGCUUGGCAUGAAGUUUCUGUUAAUGUGGGCAGACCAGACGUUUUUUGUCGCGAAAAAUGGAGAAAUGUUCGUACUGGCUUCCUACGCAGCAUUCAAUAUAAUACUAAUAUUCGCAGCGACUAUGGUGAUAGUACCGAAGAUUUACCCACACCUCGUCGCAAACGUUUCUAUUUGUACGAUGAAAUGAAAUUCAUUUUACCGUCAACGGAAACUAUAGGACAAACCAAAAAGAGACGAAAACACUCCCGAGCAACAAAAACCAGAAUUUCUCUUGAAGAUCCUAGUGGAGAUAAUGGCGAUACCUCCAACAUACCUACAAGCUUCACUACUACUGAUGAUACUAAGCACUACAACAACAAUGACACCAAUCAAAACACAAAUGUUGCUUAUCCAGAAAUAUUAAAUGAACUCCAACUCACCGCUAACUCUUCUAAGUCAUUAACUCGGCAAUCUGAUGUGGGCAUUACAAUGAAAGUGAAUCAACAAUCGCCGCCAUUAAGGGUGGAUGAAGAAAAAUCUGAGCAAAUGAAGCACGAAGCAUCUUUAAAUGUUUCAUCAGGUGCAACAAAAUGUGAAGUUGGAAAUAAUACUAUUCUUGGAGAGUCGUUCAACGUCAGCACAAAUCGUGGUGAAUGUGACAAUCGCGAUGAGGAACAGCUGCUUGCAUUUUUCCGUGGCAAUAUCGAUGAUAUACUGUCACUUCCUCGACAUAAGCAACGCUUGUUUAAGCGACGCAUGCUGGAACUAAUAGAUGAUCUACAUCGACCGGAAAAUGGUAUUUCUAACCGUUAUUGUUCGUGACCAUGAAAUGUAAGAUAAACAUUUAGUCAUUUUGUAAUCGUAAUUAUCCAUGCAGAAAAUACAUUCCGACUUUGUGGAAAGAAACAGUUGUAACUGAUAAAAGUUGUUUCGAGAUUUGUUCAGAUAUGCCUAAAUUAGAUAUUUAAAAACACCAUUCACCAAAUCGAAUUACAAACAACCUUUUUUCCUCUGAGUAUACAUAUAUCAUAACACCAUAAAUCAUUUCGUUUAAAUCAUUUUAUUAAUUUAUAUUAUACAAGCUAUAAAUACAGUUAUCAAUAUUACAGUAUUUAUUUCUAAAAUGCGAAUUCAUUCAAUUUUUUGCUUUGCAAUAUUUUUUAUUAAUGAAAUUGUGUUUUAUUUGAACAUGUCGAUCUAAGCUUAUCUAGUCGUGCACUGGAUAACAAAAUCAAAUUACUUAAAAUUAUAAGCGCUACGUUCAAUGGCAAAUCAAUAUAUACUAGAUAUCAAAGGAUCGUGGAAAAAUUAAUACACAUAUAUGUAAAGGGUACCAACGGUGGUUUUCAAUUAGAUUACAUAAAUAAUCACAUUUACAAUCAAUAGCUUUUGUAAAUGUAUUGAAUAUUUCAAAAAUUACCUUCGUAUAUAGUAAAUGCUUGAUAAUAUUGCCCAUGUUCAUUGCAAACAAUUGAAAUUUAAAAGAAACAUCUGCAAAUGUGUGUUGGAUCUAGAACCAAGCUAGAUAGAAAGCGUCCCUGCAUACUUCUCAGUUUGAUUUAAUAUAUUAUUUGUAAAUUUCGUAUGAUAAACAGCUUUGCCAAUCAAAUUGCUAAUCGAUUAAUUGCCCUAACGAAUAGAGUGCUGUAUUGUGAUGACCUUUGGCUUGAUGAUGCUAUUACUUCAGCUGUGACUCUCUCUUCUCCAUCCAUCUUUCUGGUUUUUCGUUCAGGGUUAACAAGUUAUAUACACGUGCGGAGCUUUUACUGAUUUUUCAAAUAAGCAGUCAAUGAAUCUAGAUCACGGUUCAACCAGUUGGCGUUAAGGCGAAUA